AUGCGGAGCAGCGGCCCCACCCCAGCGCGGCCGACGGGCUUCCAGCGCUACCAACGCCAGCACAAGGUGGGCGAGGGGUCCUAUGGCAAGGUGUUCCUCUGCACCGAUGUCGUCGAGGGCGGCACCGUCGCUGUGAAGACGAGUCAGUGGAACUCCGGCGAGGAGGGCCUCUCCGUCUCCUCGAUUCGCGAGGUAUCGCUCUUGAAAGAGAUACGCCACCCGAACGUGGUGCGGCUGCUGGACCUCUUCACCGAGGAGAAGAAGCUCUGCAUCGUGUUCGAGCGCAUGGAGAAGGACCUGCGUAGCGUUCUGUCGACCCGGCAGACCCCUAUCGUGGGCAGGAAGCUGAAACACAUGAUGUACCAGCUUCUGAGCGCCCUGCACGCUUGCCACAGCCGCCGCGUCGUGCAUCGCGACAUCAAGCCCGGAAACAUUCUUGUGAGCGCCGACGAGCAGACUGUGAAGCUCGCCGACUUUGGUAUGGGGCGUGCCUUCGGCCUUGCCCUGCAGAGCUACACCUACCGCAUCGCCACGCUCUACUACCGCGCGCCAGAGGUUCUGCUCGGCGAUCGCUACUACCUACCUUCCGUGGAUAUGUGGUCUAUGGGGUGCGUCAUGGCCGAGCUGGCGCUGCGCCGCGCUCUGUUCCGCGGCGAGGGCGAGUACUCGCAGCUCAUCACCAUCUUCGGUAUUAUGGGGACGCCGAGCGAACGCGUGUGGCCUGGCGUGUCGCGGCUGCCGCACUACAACGCUGAGUUUCCAAGCUGGGUGCCGACGUCGCUCGAGAAGUACAUACCUACCCUCGAUCCGGAGGGGAUAGCGUUGCUCAAGGCGAUGCUGCGGUACGACCCACAGCGCCGUAUUACCGCAUUGCAGGCGAUGCAGCACCCCUUCUUCGACGAUGUGCGAGACGAGUGCGAAGCUCGGUUGCAACAGCAGCAGCAGCAGCAGCAGUCGUAA